CUAUUGACUAACUCAGUCUUCGUGUAUAUCAGUGAUUGUGAGUCGACUCUACACCCAUCCAAUCGUGAGUUCAACAGAUAGCAGCAGCAGCACAAAUGGCUUCUCUGAUGAACAAACCCUUAUCAUUUACAUAUAACACUAAAUCCGAUUUGAUUCUACAACGCAACAAUUUUAAACCUAAGCUGUUGAAUGUGAAUCUGAAGAAGCCUUCUGUUAGCCCCAUCGUAUGUAAAGCCGUUACUGCCAGCCCCGACUCUCAGCUCAAAGCUCUCAACAUCGCUGAUGAUGUUACUCAGCUUAUAGGGAAGACUCCGAUGGUGUACUUGAAUAGUAUAGCCAAGGGUUCAGGCGCAAAUAUAGCAGCCAAGCUCGAGAUUAUGGAGCCAUGUUGCAGUGUAAAAGACAGGAUUGGUUACAGUAUGAUAGUUGAUGCUGAACAGAAAGGACUAAUAACCCCAGGGAAGAGUAUUUUGGUAGAGCCUACAAGUGGAAACACAGGCAUCGGCCUUGCAUUUAUAGCUGCUUCAAGAGGAUAUAAGCUCAUAUUAACUAUGCCAGCAUCAAUGAGUUUGGAAAGAAGGGUGCUUUUGAAAGCAUUUGGAGCAGAACUUAUUUUAACCGAUGCAGCCAAAGGCAUGAAGGGAGCACUUUCAAAAGCAGAAGAAAUUUUGAAUAGCACACCAGGUGCUUACAUGCUGCAACAAUUUGACAACCCUGCGAAUCCCAAGAUACACUAUGAGACAACCGGUCCAGAGAUCUGGGAAGAUACAAACGGCAAGGUAGACAUUUUUGUCGCUGGGAUUGGAACUGGAGGCACUAUUACUGGUGUUGGUCGAUUCCUAAAACAGCAGAAUCCUAGCAUCAAGGUUGUUGGUAUUGAACCUACAGAAAGCAACAUUCUCUCAGGUGGAAAGCCUGGCCCUCACAAAAUUCAAGGAAUCGGAGCAGGUUUCGUUCCAGGGAACUUAGACCAAGAUCUAAUUGAUGAAAUUAUACAGAUCUCUAGUGAUGAAGCUGUUGAGACCGCAAAGCAAUUAGCACUGCAAGAAGGCUUAUUGGUCGGCAUUUCUUCUGGAGCAGCAGCAGCUGCUGCCAUCCAGGUCGGCAAGAGACCUGAAAAUGCAGGGAAGCUUAUCGCGGUUGUGUUUCCAAGCUUCGGAGAGCGUUAUCUUUCAACUGUUCUAUUCCAGUCAGUCCGGGAAGAGUGUGAGAACAUGAAGCCUGAGUCUUGAAGUUCUUUUUCUUAUGUUGCUGAUUGGUGAUGAAACAUAUUUUAGUGGCCUGCUUUAUUCAGUAUCAGCUGUUAUAUGCAUUUUGUUUGUCAGGAAGAUCAAGUCUGUUUGCCUUAUAAGUUUUUUCACUUUCUAUUUUACUUUGUCACCUUUGUUCCGGGGAGAUUUUCACAAUAGGGUCAUUUGGGUAUUCGGUGUACAUGGCAUAUGAAAAAAUUGAGAACACCUGUAAAUCUUAAGCAAACAAUGCACAAAUAAAAGGUCGCAGAAGGCUUCUUUAUGACA